ACAGACCAGAGCGAAGACCAGAGCGAGGAGGACAACAAGUAUCCGCUGCUCCGGAGGACUCUUUCCCCCUGAAUUGACAUCGGAUACAGGCAGCUUUUAGCAGAAUUUAGUUUUUUUUUUCCCACCACGAUGGCCGGUGGCACCAUGACUCUGGUGCUUGUGGCUCUGUGCAUCGGGAGCGCAGUCAACUGUAUGCCCAACAGGAAGCAAAAAACCCGGCGAGAAGCGCAGCAACAUCAGGUCUCCUCCGUAUCUCAAGAUGGCUGUAUGGAAAAUGGUCACUUUUAUGGAGUCAAUGACCAGUGGGAACGGCCAUACCUGGGCAGCACGUUGGUCUGCACUUGCCAAGGAGUUGCUGGGAUUAAAUGCACAAGUAAACCAGAUGAGGAAGAAAAGUGUUAUGACAAGAUAAACCAGCACUCCUACACUGUUGGAGAAACUUAUGAGAGACCCAAGGACGGCAUGAUCUGGGACUGUACCUGUAUUGGAUCUGGAAGAGGCAAGAUUAGCUGCACAAUUGCCAAUCGCUGUCAUGAGGGUGGAGCUUCUUAUAAGAUAGGGGACACCUGGAGAAGACCUCAUGAAGCCGGAGGAUACAUGUUGGAGUGUGUCUGUCUUGGCAAUGGGAAAGGAGAAUGGACUUGCAAACCAGUUGCUGAGCGUUGCUAUGACAACAAUGCUGGGACAUCCUAUGUAGUGGGUGAGACGUGGGAGAAGCCAUACCAGGGCUGGAUGGUGGUGGGACUGCACCUGUAUGGAGAGGGCAGUGGACGAAUCACAUGUACCUCAAGAAACCGCUGUAAUGACCAGGAUACCUUGUCGUCUUACCGCAUUGGAGACACUUGGACCAAGACAGACGCGAGGGGGAACCUGCUGCAGUGUCUAUGCACUGGGAACGGGAGGGGGGAGUGGAAGUGUGAGAGACAUGCCUCGCUUCACACCACUGGUCUGGGCACUGGUUCUCGUGUGAUCACAAACAUCCAGCCUGUGGUCUACCAGCCGGUGACCCCUGAACUGCCUCUGGAGGGGCCCUGCAGGUCGGACGCUGGUCUUUAUUAUUUCAUUGGACAAAGAUGGAUCAAAAACCAGGGAACCAAACAAAUGCUCUGCACCUGUCUGGGCAAAGGCAUCAGCUGUGAACAGUGGGAUGGACCAGCUCCUGUCUACGGUGGUAAUUCCGGUGGGCGGCCCUGUGUUUUCCCAUUCGUUUACAAAGGCAAAACUUACCACUCGUGCACCUCAGAUGGACGCAGUGACGGCCAGCUCUGGUGUUCCACUUCAUCUGACUUUGAGGCUGAACAAAAAUAUUCUUUCUGUACAGAGCAAAAUGCCAUCGUAAAAACCAGGGGAGGUAACUCUAAUGGUGCCUUAUGUCAGUUCCCUUACCUUUAUAAUGGACGUAACUAUUCGGACUGCACCUCGGAUGGAAGGAGAGACGGGAUGAAGUGGUGUGGCACAACAGCAGACUACGACGCUGAGCAGAGAUUUGGAUUCUGCCCCAUGGCUGCUCAUGAAGAAAUCUGCACCACGCCUGAAGGGGUCAUGUACCGAGUGGGCGACCAGUGGGACAAGCGCCAUGACAUUCUGGGACACAUGAUGAGGUGCACCUGUGUCGGAAAUGGGAGAGGAGAGUGGAGCUGUAUCGCAUAUUCACAGUUAAAAGACCAGUGUAUUGUGGAUGGCCUGACCUAUGAGGUGAACCAGACGUUUACCAAACAACACGAUGAGGGAUACACGAUGAACUGCACCUGCUUCGGACAGGGGCGUGGCCGCUGGAAGUGUGACGCUAUUGACCAGUGCCAGGAGCCAGAGACCAGAGCCUUCUAUCAGAUUGGGGAGUCCUGGGACAAAGUCAUUCACGGAAUCAUGUACAAGUGCUAUUGCUACGGCAAUGGACUCGGAGAGCUGAGCUGUGAGCCUCAGCAGUCAUAUCCAGGUGGUACCCGUCCUGUGCAAGUUAUCAUCACAGAAUCUGGAAACCAACCCAACUCUCACCCGAUCCAGUGGAAUGCCCCUGCCUCUGCCCACAUCACUCAAUACGUGCUCAAGUGGAGAGCUAAAAACAGCCCAGACCCGUGGAGAGAGGUAUUCAUCCCGGGCCAUCUGAACUCAUACACCAUCUCUGGUCUGAAGCCUGGCAUCACGUAUGAGGGUCAGCUGAUCAGUGUGCUGCGAUUCGGACGCCGUGACGUCACUCGAUUUGAUUUCACCACCACCUACGGGUCAUUGGCUACAUCUCACGGAGAGACCACGGUUCCUCCUCCAGUUGUGGAUAUUUCUGAGUCUGUCACGGAGAUCACCUCCAGCAGUUUUGUCAUCUCUUGGGUCUCUGCCUCAGACACAAUUUCAGGGUUCAGAGUGGAGUAUGAGCUCAACGAACAGGGCCAAGGCACUGGGCAGCCAAUAGUGCUAGAACUUCCACGUACAGUAACCUCAGUAAACAUUAAUGAGCUCCUUCCUGGGAGGAAAUAUACUGUUAAUGUCUAUGAAGUUACUGAUGGAGGAGAAGACAACCUCAUUCUCACCACUUCACAAACUACAGCUCCUGAUGCUCCAACUGACCAUGAAGUUGAUGAAGUUGGAGAGACCUCUAUUGUAAUCAGCUGGGAUAAGCCUCAUGCUCCUAUCACUGGUUACCGGGUGGUGUACACCCCUUCAGUGGAGGGAGAGAGCACAGAGUUGAUCCUCUCAGACACCGCGACUUCUGUGACUCUGAGUGAACUUCGACCUGGGCUGCUGUACAACAUCAGUAUCUAUGCCGUGGAGGGCAGUCUGGAAAGCGAGCCAGUCUUUCUACAAGUCAACACUCCAGGAGACCCCCAGCCAGAUGAAGUAGAGUCUCCUACUAACCUGCAGUUCUUUGAGGUGUCUGAUAAGAAGAUAGUUUUGACCUGGAACAGCCCAGCUGCGGAUGUUUCAGGGUACAGGGUGACCGUUGUCCCUGUGGAUGAGUCUGGGAUGCUGCAAACAGAGAUGACCCUUCCAGUGAGCCAAAACUCCUACAUCGAGGUCACUCACCUCGAACCAGGAACCCACUAUCGCUUCAACAUCUACUCUAUCAACAAUGGAGAGGAGAGUCUGCCACUAGUCGGAGAGCAGUUCACCAAGCCAGAUGCCCCAACAGACAUUCACUUCAUGAACGUUACAGAGAAUAGUGCAGUGAUCCUGUGGUAUGCCCCUCGAGCCAAAAUCACCGGGUACCGCCUUUUCCUCACGGUUGAGGGUUCAACUCCCAAACAGCUAAAACUCCCUGCUCGUCUAACCCAAUACACACUCCUCAACCUGAAGCCUGAUACAGAGUACACUGCGACAUUGCACUCUGAGAUAGACAAUACACUGAGUGAGGGAGAGUCUGCUGCCUUUACCACCACCCCACCAAUGGGUAAUGCUCCUCAAUUCAACACUGAUGUAACUGACACCUCUAUCAUUGUCUCCUGGACUCCAGCUCCACACAUCGGAUACAAGUUAACAGUGCGCCCCAGUCAGGGAGGAGAGGCACCGCAGGAUGUGACCUCUGACUCGGGAAGUAUCUACAUUUCCGGUUUGACUCCUGGAGUGGAGUACACCUACAGUAUCCAGCCAGUAUUCAAUGGGCAGGAACAAGGUACCCCCAUCACAAAACGAGUUACUACACCUCUGUCUCCUCCCACUGAUUUGAACCUGGAGUCUAAACCAGGUUCAGGAGAGGUCACUGUGCAAUGGAGCAGCACCAGUGCACCAGACAUAACCGGCUACAAGGUCAUGUGCACUCCUACAAAUGGCCAGCAGGGGAACAGCGUGGAGGAGUUUGUUAAGGCUGGGCAGACUUCAUGCACUUUAGAUAACCUCAGUCCAGGCAUCGAAUACAACAUUAGCGUCGUCACUGUGAAAGAUGAUAUGGAGAGCACCCCCAUCUACACGACUAUUACACCCAAAAUUCCACAUUUGACUGACCUCUCUUUUGAUGAUGUUGGGGACACAACCAUUAGCCUUCGCUGGUCUCCUCACAACAGUACAGCUAUCACUGGUUACAGAAUUACAGUGGUAGCAGCUGGAGAAAGUGUACCCAUAUUUGAGGAUAUGGUUCAGCCUAGUACUGGCUUUUACACUGUCUAUGGACUGGAACCUGGUAUCGACUAUGACAUAAGUGUGAUCACAGUCACCGAGCACGGAGAGAGUGACCCCACAACACUGACACAACAGACAUCUGUACCAGCCCCGACUGAUUUGACUUUUGGACAAUCUGGACCAAAUACCCUUCACGUCUCAUGGGUCGCCCCUCCUGUGCCAAAUAGAGCUGACAUCAAUAGCUACUUAAUCAGGUAUCACCCCAUUGACGAUGAGGAUGACAAUACGGAGACCAGUGUUGCGGGCAGUGAGAAUAGUGUUGUGCUGAGACAUUUGCUGCCAAACACAGAGUAUCUGGUCAGUGUGGUGUGUGUCUAUGAGCAGAGGGAGAGCUCACCUGUUGUUGGCACCAAGAAAACAGCUUUGGACUCUCCAGCGGGCCUGCGUUUCUCUGAGGUCUACACCACCUCCUUCACCAUCCACUGGCUGCCACCCCAGAGCAGGAUCACAGGCUACAGAAUCCGCUACCAAAUGUCCACUGGGGGGCGCACCAAGGAAGAGAGAUUGCCCCCAUCCCGAAACCACUUCACCAUCACUGGACUGGUUCCAGACACUGAAUACAUCAUCAACAUCACUGCAGUUAAUGGUAUUCAGGAGAGCAUUCCUAUCAGUGGAAAGCAAAAGACAAUUUCUGACGCUCCCACAGACCUGACAGUUUUGGAAUCGACUCCUACAAGUAUUACUGUGCGUUGGGACGCCCCUCCUGUUACUGUGCGGUACUACAGGAUCACACAUGGAGAGACUGGUGGCCACAGUAACCCCAAAGAGUUCACUGUUCCUGGUUCUCAGUCCAUAGUCACUAUCAAUAAUCUGAACCCAGGCACUAACUACAACAUCACUGUGUAUGCUGUGACAGGUAGAGGAGACAGCCCCGCCUCCUCCACUCCCAUCUAUGUCACACACAAGACAGACGUUGCCUCCCCCUCAGACAUGGAGGUGAAGGAGGUGAAUGACAACAGUGUUACAGUCAGGUGGAGCCCAGCCCAGGGUCCCAUCAAAGGAUACAGAGUCACUGGGGUCCCACGAAACGGGCAAGGGCGGAGUUUUACUGAAGUGGUUGCUCCAGACCAAACAGAGAUUACCUUCUAUGGCCUGAUGCCUUCUUCACAAUAUGUUGUGAGUGUGUCUGCCCUAGGACAAGAUGGCGAAAGCUCUCCUCUGGUGGUGAAUGCCUUAACUGAACUUGAUCGUCCUAAAGAUUUGAGCUUCUCUGACGUGGACUCUACCUCCCUGCGCCUCACUUGGGACAGUCCAGAGGGCAUUGUAACUUCUUAUAGAGUCCUGUACGCCAGUUCAGAGGAGGGAGAAAGAGAGCUCUACCCUGCCCCCAGAGGAGAUGCUGAGUCUGCUGUCAUCUAUGGACUUCAGCCCGGCACAGAGUACACAGUCAAAGUGAUUGCGCUGCAUGACGACACAGAGAGCACACCAGUUAUUGGAGUGCAGGCUACACCCAUCUCUCCUCCCACCAACCUCCAGUUCUCCCAAGUCGGGCCCACCUCCUUCACCAUGAGCUGGUCUGGGACAGGUCAGGAGAACAGGCUCGGGGGAGUGACAGGGCUGACUGGGUACCGCGUGGUGGUCACCCCGAAAAACAAGACUGGGCCCAUAAAAGAGCUGAAUCUAGCCCCCGAUACCACUCAAGCUCACAUCUCUGGGCUCAUGAUCGCUACUGCAUAUGAAGUCCAUGUUUACUCUCUGAAAGACUCCCUGAGCAGCCGAGCAGUACAAGGAGAAGUCACCACCGUGGAAAGCAUCAGCCCACCCCGUCGAGUGCGUAUCUCUGAUGUUAAUGACUCUACCAUCACUCUGACCUGGCGCUACAAAACUGAAACCAUCUCAGGAUUCUUCAUCGAGGUCACUCCAGUCUCCACUUCCUUGUUUUCUCCCACCCAGAUGACCAUCGGAGGAGAAUCACGGUCACACAGCAUCACUGGUCUUGAGCCUGGGACCACUUACAAGAUCAAUAUCUACACACUGAAAGGAGAUGGACGCAGUGCUCCUCUGACACUCACUGCUACAACAGCUAAACCAGUUGUGAUCCCACCCACGGAUAUUCGCUUCACAUCUUUGAACCCCACCAGUAUCUCCUUCACCUGGGAGCUGUCCCGCAGUCCAGGGGUCACUGGGUACUAUGUGACCUACGAGGAGGUUGGAGGACUGCCCCGAGAACUCACCCCUCGACCCCAUGAGGGACAGAGCUAUGCCACUAUCAAUGGGCUGAAACCUGGUACUUCCUAUGUCAUCAAAGUCGUUGCUCUGCAGAAUGCCUUGAGGAGUUCCCCUCUUGUGGGCAAAGCCAGAACACAGCCUGCCCCAGAUCAGGUGCUUGUUCCUGAACUACCUCGACUUCCUGUUCCUUACCGUCCCAGCACUGACAUUCUGGACGUCCCCGAGACCUUCAAUGACAAAUUUUUUGACUCCAACUACGUGCAUUUCGCCGGCACCAGUGGACAAAGUCAGCCAGGACAGCAGGGGCAGCACAUUUACACGGAGUACCAGAGUCUUGGUCCAAACUCUGGACUUAAUGGCCCCAAAGAAGGCCAGAGACCAACUUUCAAAGAGCCACUUGUCUACGUCCCUGUACCUGGACCUGAUGGUAACAGAGUACCAUUAGUCAAGGUGAGUGAUGGACUGCUGCCUGGCCUUGUGUUUGAAUCCCCCUUUAAUGAGACAGAAUUCCUCCAGGAGGCUCAGACCAUCACCACCCUGUCCUGGCAUCCCAUCCCCAACACCACAGAAUAUGAGGUGUCCUGUAACCCCCUCACUCACUUGGAGGAGAAGGGCUUCCAGAUGCGACUUCCUGGUACUUCAAACAGUGCCACUCUGAUUGGUCUGACAUCGGGAGCAUCCUAUAACGUUGUGGUGGAGGCCAUGAAGGGUGGAGCUAAAGAAAGGGUCCUGGAGGAAGUAGUAACUGUUGCUAAUGCAGUUCCAGGAGACCAUCCCCUGCCCAGUACUCCUCAGGACAUGUGCUAUGACACGUUUACCCACACCUAUCAUGAGGUGGGGUCCGAGUGGGAGCGCAUGUCCGAAACUGGCUUCAAACUGUGGUGUAGCUGCAUUGGCCUGGGCAGUGGGCACUUCAGAUGUGACUCCUCCAAGUGGUGUCAUGACAAUGGAAAUAACUACCGUAUUGGAGAGAAGUGGAAUCGUCAUGCAGAGAAUGGACACAUGAUGAGCUGUACCUGUUUGGGCAAUGGAAAAGGAGAAUUCAAAUGUGAACCACAUGAGUCAACGUGCUAUGACGAUGGAAAGAUGUACCGAGUUGGAAACCAGUGGCAGAAGGAAUAUCUUGGUGCCAUCUGCACAUGCACAUGCUAUGGAGGACAGCAGGGUUGGCGAUGUGAGAACUGCAGAAGACCUGGAGUCAACACAGAAGUGGAGGCAGAUCUACUUCAUCCCAUUCACACGGAUGUCUUUGACCGAUACAGAGAAAAUGCUCUAAAAAAACUGAACAUCCACUGUCCGAUUGAAUGUCUGAGACCGGAGCUUCUAGCAGAUGCACAGAGUCCAUCCAAAAAGUGACAAAGACGUGAUGAAGACGAGCAAUGCCCAACACUGUCCAAACCACUUCACGAAGGAAAACUCAUGGUGCUUUUAUUCAAAUAGGAGCCUACUUUACCUUAUGAAGGUUCCCUCCCCUCACACAAUUUAGUAUCUUAUCACCAACCUGUGCCUUAUUAAGUGCGUUGUUUUUUUUUGGCUUUGUGCCUUGGCUGAUAUGUUGAAAGAAAAAAUAUGAAUUUCUAAGAGCACAAACUUGCUGCUUUACAAACUGCAUUCCUUUAAGACACACCACUAUUUAAAUUGAUAAAUGUUUUGCUUACUUUUGUUCCCUAUUUGUCCUAUGAAAUAUUUUGGUUAUAAAUUUAGUUUGAUUGGCAAUAUAUUUUGAAAUAUAUUUUUGUGAUUUGACUUAUGAUGAAUACCCUCCAAUUUCUUAACAUGGGCAGUAUUUGUAUUUUUUUUACGGAAAGUAAGCACCGAUACCUCGAAAUUAGUGUUAAACAAUACAAACUAGUAUUAUAAUGCCUCACCUUUCGUAUAUUUGUUUUUCUACUAUCUGCUGGUUAAUAAAAUAUUGUCUGUAAAAUCAAUGAGACCAAGGAUGACCAAAAACAGGCUAGUAUAAAUAUUUUCAUUGUUUUCGGAAAUGAGUUGAGUUUUAAAAGAAAUGUAUGUUUUCUUUUAUUCUUUGUUUUAUUUAUCCCGUUUUUUAAUGCUAAUUUGGGGUGUACACUUUAUUUUUUAAACUUGUUUUUUAGACUAUUGUCGGUACCAAAUUUUGAACUACUGUAGACUGAAACUUUUUAAUAAAUGAACAGAAUUC